AUGACGAUGAAGAAGAAGACGAAGACUAUGAAGACAAAGACUAUGAAGAAGAAGAAGAAGGUGCCGUUCAGAGGAAGGUGUCCGUUCAGACAGUACAUGCCCGGCAAACCGGCCAGGUACGGGAUCAAGAUAUGGGUGGCGUGGAACGCGCAUUCCAGCUACGCGUGGAAGAUGCAAGUCUACACCGGCAAGCCCGACAAGCGCGGCCCUCCCAAAAAGCACCUGGCCACUCGAGUGGUCGUGGACCUCACCGAGGGACUGGCACCGGGACACAACGUCACCUGCGACAACUUUGUCACCUCGCACGAGCUCACCGACAGGCUCUUUCGCGAAAGAGGCCACACCGUGCUGGGCACUCUAUGAGCAAACAGACCCGAGAUCCCCAGAGAGCUGCGCUGCGUCAAGGGCAGAGCCAUCGGCUCCGUCGAAUCCGUAGUACUUU